AUGUCCGAACCACUUCAAGAUUGCCCUGCAUGUGGUUGUCUCGGUCACGAGGAGAUUCCGUUCUUAAAUACGACCCAUGUCAAACACUUGCAGUCCGGAGAACGAUGGGGAGAGUGGGCGAUAGGGUCUGACCUUGUCUUGAAAGAAUGCUCCAACGAAGGGAAGCUCUUGAAAAGCCAGGAGAACGAGGUGGCCGCCGUCCUGCGCCACUGGGUUGACGACAACGGGCGAUGCUUUUUGCUUCAAGAGAAGAUCAAGGGCCAAAAGCUCGAGGACGCCUGGCCUUCCUUAUCGGAAGCUCAGAAAGAAAACAUUGCAGAUGGAGUUGUUGGAGUCAGAAAGCAGCUUCAAAUGCUCACUUCAACAUCUAUUCAAGGAGUUGGCCGUCGUCAAAGUACUCUCAAUCUAAUCUUUCCGGGCCUCGAUCAGUACGCGCCAUUUUCCUCUGACGAUGAACUCUGGAAUGCUAUCAGCCUCACUCUUCAAAGACCAACAACAAAAGUAUUCCCUCAAAAAGCUCUAGACAACUUGAGGAAAUGUCUACCUAGUUGUGAGCCCUACGUUCUUACCCUUUGUGAUCUCAACACACAAAAGAUUGUAGUGAAAGAUGGAAAACUAGCUGAAAUUACCGAUUGGGAUUGGGCUGCAUAUCAUCCUAUCUGGUGUGAAUAUUUUUCGGCUUCUUUUUGGUCGUCAGAAGACAUGUGGUCAGAGGAGGACAAGGAGUGGGGACUUUUGCUACAGAAGCGUAUGAGGUUGCAUGGCGAAGGCUUUGAGGAUGUCGAGGGUUUCUAUGAUGAUCUGCGCUCUUUGAGACUUUGGCCGAAUUUGGAUGCAAGGGGCCAAGAAGUUAUGGAACGGUUAUGUUCGGAUUGA